AUGUGUCACUUCAUCGAAAGCCAACCGAAACGGCCGCGAACAGGAAACGAAAUAGUUUCUAUCCACACGGUGACGUCUACCACCCUUUCCAAGGCCACACGGGAACUCAAUAUGUCCAACACAACUUCCUUGAUCAAUCACUGCGCACCCAGCACCCUCCCCUUUCCCACUAUCCCAAACACAGAAUUUCAAUCUAUCCAAGCCUCCUUGAUAUCCAACUACUCCACCUUCAUCCCCUACUCCAGCAAUCCAAACUUCGGCAACACCCACGCCCAAAACUUGCACUUUUGCAACGUCACAAUCACACAUACCCACCCAGGCACAAACGACAAACUCACCACUAAAAUUUUCCUCCCCAUCCACCCGCCAUGGAACGAACGUCUGCAUGCCGUCGGCGGCGGGGGCUGGGUCGCAGGCCUUCACCCCAUAAUUGAUGACCGCAUGUACGCCGCUUUAGCAGACGGCUACGCAACCAUGACUACAGACGGCGGCGUCCCAUCCACCAAUGUAGCCGACGACUGGGCGCUCAAGAGCCCGGGCACCGUCGACAUCAACACGCUGCAGAACUUUGCGUCCGUCUCCAUUCACGACUCGACACUGGCUGCUAAGAGCAUCACAGAGAGCUUCUACGGCAAGGCGCCCGCAUACUCGUAUUUCAGCGGGUGUUCGCAGGGCGGAAGGCAGGGUAUCAUGGCUGCACAACGGUAUCCCGAUUUGUUCAAUGGCAUUGCCGCUGCUGCACCUGCAAUCUAUUAUCCUCAGCUUUUUGUGACGGCAUAUUUUCCGCAGCAGGUUAUGAAUGAAAUGGGUGCGUAUCCGUACCCGUGUGAACUCGACGCCAUGACCAAGGCUGCGAUCAAGACUUGCGAUGCAGAUGAUGGCAAGGUGGACGGUCUAGUCGCCGAUCCAGAUUCCUGCCGCUUCGACCCCUUCUCCCUCGUCGGACAGGAAAUCGAGUGUGCGGAUCUCGGUUCUAGAAUCCAGAUCUCAGAGACGGCGGCCAAGGUUGCAGAGGCAGCGUGGAAUGGGUCACGUGCGACUGACGACUCCUUCCUUUGGUUCACGUACGGCCACGAGACAAAUCUGACGGCUGCUUCUUGCCCGGCGGAGACGAGUUGUUCAGGAAAAGGCGCGUGCGUACCCAAGCCGCGGGAGAUGUGGACGGAUUGGAUCAGGUUGUUUGUGAAGAAGGACGCCAGCUUCAACUCGGCUACCAUGUCGAGGAAAGACUACGAUGAUGUCUUCACCCAGGGCGUCCAGGAGUUCGAUUCCAUCAUUGGAACCAGCAAUCCCGAUUUGACGGCUUUUCGCGACGCCGGUGGGAAAAUGAUUACCUACCACGGCAUGGCCGACAUGGGCAUCCCAUUCCGCCAAUCCAGACACUACUACCAAGAAGUCAGCGCCAUCACCCCCGACGUCCAUAACUUCUACCGCCUCUUCGAAGCCCCAGGGUUAAGCCACUGUACAGGUGGCAUUGGCGGGCAGCCGAUGAAAGUCUUCGAGGCCCUCGUCGACUGGGUAGAAAGCGGUGUUGCGCCAGCGACCUUGGACGCAACCAAUGCCGCUAACCAGACAAACCUACUCUGUCCGUAUCCACAGCGGGCACUCGUAGCCAACAACUCCUCGACCGGGGAAGGUCUAAAUAGUACAAUACCCCUGUCCCCAUCCUCGCCAAUCUUAACCCCUCAAUCCCAAUUCCAACUCCUCAUUCUCUUCGGACCUACAAAGCUCCCAAGCCCGUACAAGCUCAUGAGGUUGAACGACCGGGGUAGGCUACCCAGGCAAAACCAUGUAUGGAUUCCAGCAGGUAUGGGUUUGCUGUUGUUGGGACAAUUGUGGUCUGGCUCUGAGAGCCGGCUCGUUUGUAAGCUGGAGACGGACAUGGGUACCGGUAUGGCAAUGUUAGCGGCACUGUCCAUACCAAUGCUUGCCUCGUUGUUGCCUUCCUCAGACCAAAAGGCCAAGGCAGAUCAUGUGUUGUCCACAAAUGGGUACGCGGCUAUUUGGUCAUCGGUAGAUGGUAAGCCUGCUCUUAACGUUCGUAACAGUGGUGAUGGCGGUUGUUCGGUGACAGCGACGCUGUCGUAUGCAUACUGCGUGUAUGGGUUGCAGUAUGAGCGGGAUGCAGUUGAUGUACUGAUACCGUGUUUAAUUGUACUUCAAGGUCAUGGGAGCCCUGUUCCAGAGUACCAGGAUGGAAACUUUUGUUGUCAUUCGUCAGUCGUUGGAUUAUAUGUUCAAUACGCGAGGACAUCGCCUACAUCCGAGCGAGGAACGAGCACAAGCCGUCGACUGUCCUCCUGCACCGCCUUCAUCCUUAUCAUCCAAUUCUUCGUGGAACAUCCCAUGGUUAUGAGCCAUUUUGUCCUUACCCUCGACUAA